UGAAAUUCAUGAAUCAGGUGACAAUGCUUCCUCUAAGAAUGCCAUUGAGAGGAGGGUUCUUGGUUUCCUGAAGAAGUUAGCAAAAAAGCAAAAUAAUUAUUUAUCAACAUCAAAAUCUGUUGGCCAAAUAAACAAGAAGAGUGGUCCUGCCCUUCCAGUGAAUGUGGAUAGCAGGAGUCCUGACCAAGUUGAGAUUCCCAAAAGGACGGAUCCUAGCUUGCAGAAAAAUGUAGUAAAGGAAAGCCAAACUGAUCCAUGGUCUUCACCAGAUUAUGUGGGUCAAGUCAGCGAGCAGGCUGGUGCUGAACUUCCAGUGAAUGUAGAUGCCAGGAGAUAUGACUCAGAUGAGAAUGCCAGAAGUAAUAUUCCUGGCUUGCAUAAAAAUGGAGUAAAGAAGAGCAAAAAUGAAACAUGUAAUUCACCAGUAUCUGUGCCUAAAGUAAACAGGAAGACUGGUGUUUUGCAUUCAGUGACUGGUGACAGCAGAAGACAUGAAUCAAGACAGAAUAAUGGCAGCAAUGUCUAUAAUUUCUUCCUGUAUAGAGUUCCUGGCUUUACUAGAAAAAAAGGAAAGAAAAGCACCUAUGUAAUUAAUAUGCCAACAGAACCUCUGACAGUAACACAUGAGACGGCUGGUGUAGUAUUUCCGGAGCAAGGUGACAGCAGGAGACAUGAAAACAAUCAGGAUGUUGGAAGGCCUGUAAAGAAAACAUCUAAUGAGAAGAAGGAAAUCAAUCCUACAGAUGACUCUGAUGACAUAACUCAGACAUCUGAAACAGCCUCAACAGGUUGUGAUUCGUUUUACUCAGAACAUGAGAAUUGUACGUUGUUAAUGGAACAACUUUGCAUGAAUUGUAAAGAUUUUACUAACUUUUCAAAAUGCCAGGAUUUAAUUUGUCCACAUAAAAGAUUAUGUGAAAUUAAAGAUAAUCACUGUGAACUACUUAAGAAAAAAUAUAGAAAAAUGAAAGAUGAGAAUUGUGCACUAAAAAUGGAGCUAUUAGCAACAAAAGACAUAAGCUCACAGCUUAAGCAGCAAAAUUUGAAACAAGAAUACUGCUGCUGCAAUUUGAGGGAUCGACUGCAAAGAGAAGAAGAGCACUAUAGGAGUGGCGAUCAAGUGAAGCAGCAGCUGGAGUCCACACUGUCAGCAGUAGCUGUGGAACUGAGAGCUCUAAGAAGUGAUUUAAUGAAGGCUUCUGAGAGUAAUGAAAGAGAGAAAGAUCCAGUACAUAAAAGCCACACUUUGCAGGAUGAAAUCAGUAUGCUAAAACUGGAAAUAAAUACAAUGAAAAAUAAAAACCAGGAAAAAGAAAAGACCAUUGAAAUUUUAGAAGAAAUGAAUGAUUUUCUGCGAGAAACAAUACAACUGAGUGAGGAAAGACUUACAAAAACGGUAUCUCAACAUUGUGAACAACUUCUUGUUCUAAAGUGUGAAAAUAACUUGCUAAGCACUCAAUUGGAAAAUGAAAAACUAAAAACAGAAACACUGAAAUCAGAAGUUGAAUCCUGCCGUCGUAGACAGGAUGCUGCUGUACAAGAUCGUGGUCAAAGUCACAAGUCCGAGAGAGACCUAGAAUGUCAUUUCCAAGGGACAAGAGAGGAGAAGCUACAUUUAGAGGAGAGAUUAUCUCAAAUACAAAGGGAAAACAUGUUGCUUCAACAGCAACUGAAUGAGGCUUACAACAAAGCUGACAAUAAAGAGGAGAUAUUAGUGAAUAUUCAAGGCCAGCUUCAGGACACUAUAAGAAGGCUUCAAACUGAAAAUGAGAAGCAAAAAGAAACAAAUGUUGAGUUAAUUGAUGAAUGUAAUCGUUUAAAAAUAAGAACAUAUAAGUAUGAAGAGGAAAAAGCAGCAAGAGAAGCACAAAUAGAACCCCAAGAACUGUUUGGAGAUACUCAGACUACUUCAAUAAGUCAAAUGGAAGUCAAAAAUACAAAUUUGGAAACUGAAAAUUGCAGACUGAAAACUGAAUUAGAGUCACAGAGAAUAAAAUUGGGAAAAUACAUGCAACUCUAUCUAGAAGAAUCAAACUCUAGAAAAUCAUUGCAAAUUACCGUAAACACUCUUCACGGGGCCAUCAAGAAGCUAACAGAAGUCAAUACUGAACCUCUUGUGAAGGAAACACAUCACGAAUAUGUAUUCAACGCGCCUCCUCCAAGGCUAGACCUACUGCUAUCUUCUGCUACACAUUCUAUUAAUAGUCUUAAUAAUCGUUUCAUGCUUGAUAGUUAUCUUACAACAAGAGGAAAUUCAACAACUUUUCCUACCUUCAACCCAUGGCCUUAAAAUGAAAGCACAGACACAUAACUAUGACAAGGUUCCCUCUCCCAGCCUGUGCUGACUCAGUAGCCCUCCCUCUCUGCGUCUCCUGGAGCAACAGCCAGACUCACCUGCACCCUGAGCAAUGACGUCAGUGUCCAGAGCAAAAAGAUAUUCUGGUUCCAGCAGAAGCCAGGGAGCCCUCCCUGCUAUCUCCUGAACUACCACACAGACUCAGAUAAGGGCCGGGGUCCCGGGGUCCCCAGCCGCUUCUCUGGAGCCAAGGACACCUCGGCCAACGCAGGGCUCCUGCUCGUCUCGGGGCCGCAGCCUGAGGACGAGGCCGACUACUGCUGCAUGGUCUCCCAUGGCGGUGAUUCUCACAGUGACACACACAGAAGGGGACAUGGGACAGGAACCUCAGCCUGCUCACAGUCUUGUUAUGUGGCCAUUUUUAAAUAACUGUGCAUAUGCACACUAUACGUUGAAAUACCUCUGAGUUCAUAAUGGAUCUGCUACAAUUAAACAUUCAGUGUUUCUAAAACCUCAGGAAAAAUAACUAACAUUAAGAAUAAACUAACGAAUGACUCUGGAAGGCUGCCAAGUUAUUAAUGUGAUUAAUCGUGAAGCUGCCCUUUUUCUCUUACCCAGGUAAGGAAGAGGAGACUUCCCCACUCUCAUUCUCAGUGUCCAGAGACCCACCCCCCGCAGGUGCACAGUCCUCACAGCAGGGACUCUGCUCCCCAGAGACACUUCCCUCCCAGGAAGUGGGGGAAGGAAGGGCCCACAAGAUUGUG